UCUGCUCAUGUUUCCUUGCUCCAGAACCCCGAGGCUGCCCUGAGAUUCUCAGUCAUUCUGUGGGGAUGUCAGAGAGCCCUGCUGGACCCAAACCCACGAUGCUCCGGGCCGACAUGCCCACGGCGCCCUCCUUCCAGCGGGCAUUCACAUCCUCCUGCACCAUUUCUGGCAACAGCCCCAGCCAGCGGAGAGGGAGCCCUUCCUCAGCUGAGCACCAGUGGGUGGAGAACAGCCCCAAGUCCACGCUGACCCUCCUGGGGGGCAGCCGGCCUGGCAAGGAUGGCCCCGUGCGGCCCCACUUCCCGCCUACCGACCUCCAGACAUCCUUCCACGGCCCCGAGCUGUCCCUGGCGGAGCCUCCGGAAGCUCUGGGUCCCCCGAGCAGCCAGGCCUUCCUGAGCUUCAGCACUGCCCCAAUGACGGGAGGUGGGCUCCCCGCUGGGGAGGACGCCGGGGCCUUGUUGGCCAAUUCCCACGGAGCAGCCCAGGCCCCCGGCAACCCACUGACAGCAGCUGAGGCUGCCGACAACAGCUUCCUGUCCCACAGCUUUCUCACGGUGGCGCCUGGACACAGCGGCCACCACAGCCCGGUCCUGCAGGGCCCGGGACUGGCUCUGCCCGGGCAGCCACCCCUUCCUGAGAAGAAGCGGACCUCAGAGGGAGAUCGGUCUUUUGGCUCCGUCUCGCCAUCCUCCAGCGGCUUCUCCAGUCCUCAUAGCGGGAGUACCAUGAGCAUCCCUUUUCCAAACAUCAUCCCAGACUUUUCCAAGGCCGCCGAGGGGGCAGCACCUUUCCCAGAUAAUCCAGGUGAUAAGCACGUGUCUGUGAACUUUGUUCAGGACACAUCCAAGUUCUGGUACAAGGCGGACAUCUCCAGAGAGCAAGCCAUCGCCAUGCUGAAGGACAAGGAGCCCGGGUCCUUCAUCGUCAGGGACAGCCACUCCUUCCGAGGCGCCUACGGCCUGGCCAUGAAGGUGGCCACACCGCCGCCCUCUGUGCUGCAGAUGAACAAGAAAGCUGGAGAUUUGGCCAAUGAACUUGUUCGGCAUUUUUUGAUUGAGUGCACUCCAAAAGGAGUGCGGUUGAAAGGGUGCUCCAAUGAACCAUAUUUCGGGAGCCUGACGGCUUUGGUGUGUCAGCAUUCCAUUACGCCCUUGGCUUUGCCCUGCAAACUGCUCAUUCCGGAUAGAGAUCCGUUGGAGGAAAUAGCCGAAAAUCCUCAGCAAACGGCAGCCAACUCUGCGGCCGAGCUGCUGAAGCAAGGGGCAGCCUGCAAUGUGUGGUACCUGAACUCCGUGGAGAUGGAGUCCCUCACGGGCCACCAAGCCAUCCAGAAGGCCCUGAGCAUGACCCUAGUCCAGGAGCCGCCUCCCUUGUCCACAGUCGUGCACUUCAAGGUGUCAGCCCAGGGCAUCACCCUGACGGACAACCAGAGGAAGCUCUUCUUCAGGAGACACUACCCCGUGAGCAGUGUGAUCUUCUGUGCGCUGGAUCCACAGGACAGAAAGUGGGUCACAGACGGCCCUUGCUCGAGAGUCUUUGGAUUUGUGGCCCGGAAGCAGGGCAGCGCCACGGACAACGUGUGCCACCUGUUUGCAGAGCAUGACCCCGAGCAGCCGGCCAGUGCCAUCGUCAACUUCGUGUCAAAGGUCAUGAUCGGCUCCCCUAAGAAGAUCUGAGCCCUCACAGCCCAGAGACUCCAGAGGGGCCGACGUGACCUUGGUAGUCCAGCACCAGGAGGGGAAGGGGCUCCUUCGACUUUUCAAACAUGAGAACAAACAACCUUGCCACCUGUAGCCUCUGUUGAGGGGCACAGCUCAUGGAUGCAUUUCUGUAGCCCAGUGCUUUCUGGGCAGAGGAAGUUGGACAUCAGGUGCACCCAUCCAGUCCCUGCUUGGGAAAGAACCAUUCAAGGAGACGUGGGGACCCCUGUUCCUCUCACUCUGGUGUUUAUGGGAAGGAGGGGAGUCCAACCCGCUCCCCGUGACCCUGAGUGCCUCAUGACUGCCAUGUCAGAGCACUCCUGACCAGUGGACAUGCCAGGGCCUCUGUCCUCCCACAAUGGAGAUAUUGAUUAACCUGAGAAGGGGAUGCAUGUUGGUUGAAGGUUCGUGCAGGUCAGGCCCUCCUGGAGCACUAUGGCAUCGUGGGCGAGGGGACGAUGUGAUGGGCGGUGAGGACAAGAAAGGUCACAUUGGUCACGGUGAGGCCAGAGUCCAAGCGUGGGGACAGCUCCCCAUCUCCGCUCACAUACCAGGUCUGAAUGGUGCACUGGGCCGUGAGAGGGGAAAGUGAGAAGAUAGGAGGAAAGCCUCAUUUCCAUAUAAUUUAUAUUUUACUUUUGCCACGUUAUUUAUGAUAACAGUUUGCCACUGUUAUGCUGUACUGGUGUCUACAUGCUGCCGUCUGCCAAGGUCAGGGUUCUAAGACGAGUGUCUACCCCCGGUCAGAUGCACCAGGAGUGCAGUGUGGACUCUUGGCCAUGCUCUCAGCCGUCAUUGCCCGAGGGCACCUGCCAAAACUGGCUUUGCCUCAAGCAGCCUUCCAAAUGCUUGACCAUCCAUAUUUGGUUUCCACAAGCAGCCUUUCGAAUGCUUGACCAUCCACAUGUGGUUUCCUGGCUGCAGAUACAGCCUUUCUAGGGAGGAAGGUCUUGAGGGGUGGGACACGAUUAGUUUGAGACUCAGGCCUGCUCUGCAUCGCUGUCCUCGGCCGUCGGGGCCUGGGAAAGAUCACCGCCCUAGAACCGUUCACCUGCAGGAGUGCUCAUCUGUCUCCACCCUACCUGUUGUCUCCCAUUGGGAUCCAUGUGUUCUGGCACCUGAGCAAGGGGAGGUGUUCUAACACUGUUUCCCAGCUCUUCUGCAUCAUCUUAGGCACCAAAUCAGGCAUGCUGUUUAUGCCGAUGUGCAUGUUGCUAAGCGGAGGUCUGUCCACCUGAAUCUGUCAGUGGUCAAGAGGUUUGGGAGAAGCCAGUGGUCCUGCGGGCUCCCCAGAGCAAGAGACAGAGCUGCACAACAUCGUCAUAAAGCCCCCGUCUCCUUCCCCAUCGCCCCAGACGUUCAUGCUGCAGCUCUCCAUCCCCAGAGAACUGUCCAUCUCCUCUGCUUCCCAAAUCAAGCACCAGCUCUUCAAACACCAGGAAUCACCGCAGCAGUCAUCACGCUAGUGUUUGGAAAUGUGCUCUGUGGAUUCUUUGUUUCUAAAGUGGGGCAGAGACAGUCAGUGACAGGAGAGGUGGGAUCCACCGAAUCCAGUGGGCACUGUUUGUGUGUGUGAGUGUGUAUGUGUGAAAGCAGGUGGGUGAGUCCACUGUUUAGCUCCUAUUGAUGCACCAACACAAGUGCCUCAUUUUUGUGCCAAAUGUCUGCCUUGGUCCUUGUGGACCCUUUUCUCUGAUGCGUGGUGGCGUGGCCAAGGAGAACGUGCCGGUGUCUCCCAGAGGCCUGAUGCCUUGGUUGCUGGGGUGGGAGCGUCUAGCAUUUCAGUUUUUCAUUUACAGCAGAACUCGGUGAAGAGGAGCAGAGUUUUGUACUGGCCCCCAAAGGGGCCUCCUCCUGAGAUGCUGGUCCACAAGUUUGAUGCAGAGGCUGCAAGCCAGGUCCCUUAUCCUUCUGACAGAGGAAGAAAGGGCUCAUGAGGGGUUCCGGACUUAGUAGCAUCAACUUCCCCAAUCACAGAGGGACGUUCUCCUGCCCCUGGCUGUCCUCGUCCAGAUCACGCAAGCCAUGACAUUUGAUUUUUAAACUUCUACUCUCAGUGGUCAAGGAAGUUUCCUCCCAGCAACCGGCUCCCUCUGGAGUAAGGAAUGAAAGGAAUCGAGUUUCCUGGUUUCUGAGGAGCUGGUACAACAGUGUGUUACAUAUGCAUAAAAUGGAACAAGACAAGUCCAUGAACUUUGUGCUCAGACCUUGGGCAGCCCCACCACCAACACUGGCUCUGGGCAGACAGGGAGGGAACAUCCCCAGGCAUCUGGGGUGCCCAUGGGCACAGGGGUACUGUCCUGGAUUGUGCACAAGGACUGCACCCCACUAGCAUCAUAGCCUCAUAGCCAGAGCCUGUUAACCUGCUCAUUAACCUAUGCUGUAUUCCUCCAGUGUUAACCUGUAAACGUAUUAAGUCACAUCGCAUUUAAGGGUCUCCAUGUGUAUUCUCGGCAUCAGAGACCUCAUUGUCUCCUUCUCUGCCUUACCUAGUAGUGGAUAUUUUUACUUAUAUUGUAAAGAAUAUAUCCAGUAUGUAAAUGAAUGUUCUAUAAAUCCUUUGUAUAGUCAUUUUUUCUGCUCUUUAAAUAUCACCUCUAUUCAGAGUAUAAUAAAAGUAUAAACUUAAUAAGCCUCA